GACACGUGGUCCUCUCGCGAGCGCGCCCAUUUAAACGGUCGUCGGGCGUGCGCGCGUAGCUACUCUCAUCAAACCGACGGCAGCAGAGGAGGUGAGGAUCGAGACCAUCGAGCGUAAAAGCUUGAACAUUUUUAAAAAUGCUGUCCCGAUUCUCAUGGUGCAUAAAUUCCUGCACUUCAACUUUAAGACAAAGAUUCAAGACUGUAGCUUACUCUGCCACAGAAACAUCAUUAAAAAUUGAGAAAUCACUCACUUCAGAAGAAGUCUUUGCACGUGAAGAAAAAUAUGGGGCACAUAAUUACAGUCCACUGCCUGUAGCAUUGGCCAAAGGGGAAGGAAUUUAUGUAUGGGAUUUGGAAGGCAGACGGUACUUUGACUUCCUGAGUGCUUACAGUGCUAUGAAUCAAGGCCAUUGUCACCCAAAGAUUAUCGGAGCACUUAAAUCUCAAGCUGAUCAAUUGACUCUCACUUCACGAGCUUUCUAUAAUAAUGUACUGGGAGAGUAUGAAGAGUAUGUCACAAAGCUGUUCAACUACAACAAGGUGUUGCCAAUGAAUACAGGUGUGGAAGCAGGAGAAAGUGCUUGCAAGUUGGCUCGUAAAUGGGCAUAUGAAGUUAAAGGAGUUCCCAAAUAUAAAGCAAAGAUCCUUUUUGCAGCUGGUAAUUUUUGGGGUAGAACCAUGUCUGCUAUUUCCAGUUCAACAGAUUCGAGUAGUUAUGAAGGGUUUGGACCAUUUAUGCCUGGGUUCGAAAUUAUUCCAUACAAUGAUCUGCCGGCAAUAGAGCGUGCAUUCCAGGAUCCUAACAUGGCAGCGUUUAUGGUGGAACCAAUUCAGGGAGAAGCUGGAGUACUUGUUCCUGACAAAGGAUAUCUUCAAGGAGUGAGAGAAUUAUGUACAAAGCAUAAUGUUCUGUUCAUCGCAGAUGAAGUGCAGACUGGUCUGGCUAGGACUGGGCGGCGUUUGGCUUGUGAUCAUGAAGAUGUCAGACCAGAUAUUGUUAUGCUUGGAAAAGCCCUCUCUGGAGGAGUGUAUCCUGUCUCGGCGGUUUUGUGCGAUGAUGGAGUUAUGCUAACUAUUAAACCAGGUCAGCAUGGAUCAACAUAUGGUGGCAAUCCAUUGGCAUGUCGUAUUUCUAUUGCUGCACUUGAGGUUCUUGAAGAAGAAAAUUUGGCUGAAAAUUCUGAGGAAAUGGGAAAGCUUCUCCGAAGUGAGCUGAUGAAAUUGCCAUCCGAUGUUGUGACUGCUGUAAGAGGAAAAGGAUUACUGAAUGCCAUUGUUAUUAGAGAAACAAAAGCUUUUGAUGCACUGAAAGUUUGUAUUCGUCUACGUGAUAACGGUCUGCUAGCUAAGCCAACCCAUGGGGAUAUCAUUAGACUGGCGCCACCCCUCGUCAUCAAGGAAGAUGAAUUAAGAGAAUGUGUGGACAUCAUUCAGAAGACUAUUUUGUCUUUUUGAAGUAUAUAGAAAGUGUUAAAAUGCAUUUUCGAAAACAUUUGGGUCAUGGAUUCUUCAUCAUGUCAUUUUGAUUUCUAUAGCUAUAUGGUAUUUUCAAAAUAUUUGGUACCUGCCAAGCAUUUCUAAAAGCUUUAUCUUUAAUUAAGCUACAUUUAACUUCAGAAUUGAAGUUGGUCUUUGGUUGACUGUUAACCUAGUGACAAUUUGUAUUGUGUUGCAAGCCUGAUUUUAAAACUGACAAUGAAAUCUGAGGUGCAAUUCAAGUUCACUUGAGCUGUUCAAUAUAUACAUCCGCCACUAAAAAUUCUCUUCUCCUGAUAACUUACUGUGUCGUAUUAUAUUUGGAUAGUCCAUUAUCUUGUAUGGACAUAGAAGCUCUUUGAUUUCAUUUUAAAUUUUUGUGGUAAGCAUCAUAAGAAUCAAACUUGCCACCUUGCUGUCAUCCAUAAAACACAUUUUUGUAGUAAUCUAGGAGAGUUCUGUUACAUUUUUUGGUUGAAAUAGUCAACGAUACUUUGCUGCAUAUAAUUGUGCUGAAUUAUAGCUCCUGUUUUAUCACACUUAGUUAGAAAAUUUGAAGAGUUUGGAAUAGAUUUUUUUUUUUUCAACCAUGCACAAACAAUCUGUUCUAAUACAAUUCCCAUGUGAAUGUUUGGCUUAAUGCAGUAAUAAAGAUUACAGUCAGCUCUGGGAGAUUAAUUACUACUAUUGCAUCACUGAAGCAUGGAAUGUAGAGUUAACUUCAAGACCAUUUUGGUUAACAUGCUGUACACUUGCAUAAUUCUUUGGUAAUAUAAAAGAUCUUCAGGAAAAAGAUUAAAAUUUCUAUGACACGUCUGAUUUACUGAAAUUGUGCUGUUUUAAUAAGUAAAUUUAUAGUUUGUCCACAGAGGAUUGUUAUCAGAACUGUUGAGUGAGUGUUUGAAUUUAGUAUUUCGUGAAACGAUACAGAAUGGUUAGAUUUUGUCAGAGGUCUUAAAUCCAGUGUAACAUAGUAAUCAAUUUGUGGCUUUUGAGUUUACCUUUCAUUUCAAGAUACUGACCUUUAGAUAUGUGCUGUUCUGUUAAUUGUUAGUGUCGAUUGUUGAUAUAUUUCUGCAGCGUUAAAAAGAUCAAAUGAAGGCUGUCAAGUUGCAUACUGGUGGUGUGGCUGAUGUACUCUUUUCUCUACUGUGUUAACGAAGUUGUACACUUACUACAAAAUUUGGCUUUUAAGUAUCUGUUGUGAAACUAUUAAGUUUUACACUUUAGAGGGAACAUUGGUAGGGAGUAUUCCAUGUUGUGCAGAACCAUAGUAGAUACAAAUGAAUUUGUAGAUAUUGCUGUAUGCUUAUGAUUCUAGUGAUUGGCUUUGAGCACUUUACUUUGAAGCAAAUUGUGAUUAUCUUUAAAGCGUAACAUUGGAUAGUGUCAUGCUGAACUAUAUCUUAAAGAUUGUAAUUGGUGAAUGCUUUGACACCUGGAUGGUAAUGCCAUUGUCCAGGGCAAAUUUAUUUGCAAAUAAAUGCAUAGAUGUAAGGAGACUGUAGGAUCAAAAUGUAACUUCAUUUGCUGGGGAAGGAAGGGCAGAAAAUUAUUGCCCAUGUUGUAAUAUUUAAUAUUACAGUCAGAAGUCAAGUUGCUAAUCCCUUGAGACUUGAGUGUAUUGACAUUUUAAUAAUAUCAUUCAAAGAUCUUUCUGGCCAAUAGUUAGAAAUCCCAAAUUGAGAUUUGAGUAAACUUUCUCAGCAUUGGUUUAAAAAUCUGCUUAGCAUGUUUCUAGUCCAACUGGGUUAUGAAAAGAAUACUAGAACAAUGAGUAAUGAUUUUCUGGCUAAUUUCAGUGGAGAGGUUGCAAGCAUCUCAAAUGUUUGGGGCCAGCCAUUUCUGGCAAUGGGUGUAUGCCUGCAAAUUGUAACUGGCAGUUUGAAGGAUCCAAGCAUAAGUGACAUUUGUGUUCUUGCUAUUCUUAAUGCAACUAAAGGGGGUGUGCUCUGUGUACAUUAUCUUAACCAGUUUGGUGGCAGUGCCUUAUUAAUACCAACAUGUUCAACUCUUUAGAUGCCUUCCUGCACAGGGCAAUAAUCUUGCUGUGGAUGAUUUAGAAAUAGCUUACUUUUGCUGUGUUUCUGUUGAAAUAUUAACUUUUAUAUACCUUAUGAAAUACUGAUUCAUUUCAAAGAUUUAUAAAUAGUCUCAAUCUUCAAUUUCCUUUCAGUAAAAUGUUGUUUAACAUGCA